AUGUUAAAAAGAACUAAACAUUUUGGUGUAGCAGUUGCUAUUUUAUUGCUACUGUGAGGUCCUACACUAGCUCAGCUUGAUGGAAACCUUGACUUGAGGCAGAGAUGAGAGCGGUACGGAUUUGGGUAUGAAGAAUACCAAGUUACUACUGAAGAUGGAUAUAUUAAUACACUGAUGAGAAUCCCAUAUGCUCCAGAUAAUCAAGGAGUUUCAAACAAACCUCCUGUGUAUUUGAUUCCAGAUGCUGCAACCACAGCUGAGAUAUUCACCCAUCUUGGACCUGAGGACUCUCCUGCUUUUAACUUAGCAAAUCAAGGGUUUGAUGUCUGGCUUUCAAACCCAAGAGGGUCUUUGCAUAGCCAAGCCCAUGAAAGUCAUGAUCCUAAUCUCCCUGAAUCUGGGUAUUGGGACUAUGAUCUGGUUUCAUACAGACUUGAUUAUAUGGCUGACAUCACCACUAUCAAGGAUUCAACCAACUAUCAAACAGUUGGGGUAUUCGCCUUCUAUAACGGAGCAAUCUCAUUGUCCUAUGCAAUGGCCAUCGAGCCUGAAUAUUUUAGUAAUAAUGUCAAUGUAGCUGCUUUAUCAGCGUUCAUUCCGACAUACGCCCAUUCUAAUGCUCUUGUCUUCGGGAUGGCAAGCUACACCAGGAACAUCAAUAACCUGUUGGAACUUAAUGGAGUGGAUGCUAUUAGCCCAGACGGUCUCACCUUCAUUCACAACACUCUAUGCCAAUUCAGUCCUCAGCUAUGUAGUAUGAUAGAUGGAGUAACGAACGGAGAAGCUAAUCCUUUCAUCGAAGACACAGAUGGACUUCGAAAUAGGUACCUCCUUGAUUAUGGUAUGUUCCCACCGAGACUCAACAACCAUAUAUUACAGAGCGCUGCUACUGGAGAAGUAACCUAUUAUGACUUUGGACCUGGAGAGAACCUAGAGACUUAUGGUUCCGAAGAUCCUCCCCCUAUUUCUUACGAAAAUACUAAUAAUCCUGUCGCCAUGUUUAUUGCCUCUGAAGAUCUAUCUUAUGAUCAUGCAGAUGACGAGUGGUAUGCGAACUUAAUAGGAGACAAUCUGGUGUUUUACCAAUAUUAUGAUCUUUCUCAUUACGGGUUUAUUAUUGGGGAUACACAACUAUAUCUCCCUGACCUUGUGGAAGUUCUCUCCCAACACGCAGAUCAAAUAAACAGCUAAAUACUGUUGGUACCAAAAAUUG